GGAAAAUGCGGCAUGAGAUUAAAAGCUUCAUUGAGGAACCAAAGUAUUGGCUGGAUGUUAUCUCUGUCUGGAGAAACCUUCAUGGGAGUGAGGGGAAAAAAGAAGAUGUCUCUCGAGAAAACCCAUCGCUUCUGAAGAGAAAAUCAGAAGAAGAGACAAACAUUGCAACUAAAAGGCAGAAAACAGAACAAGUGAGAGAGACUGUGUCUGAGGAAUGUCAGGUGAAAGCUGGAGAGAGGUGUGUGGUACCAGAGAGGAAGAGCGAUGAGGACUGCUGGACUGAAAGUAAGACUUCCUUAAAAGACCCUUCCAAAAGCAGUGGAGAGAAACCUAUUGCGAAUGAGCAGCUUAGCUUCAGUUUCAGAGUUUCUUGUUGUUGUAGUGGAGUGAUUGCCAAAAUACUUCCUUCACAGAUCAGAAGAGCCAUUGGCAUAGCGCUCAUGAAGCAUUGUGGGUGGCGGGCUGGUGCCUUUGUGCUGGAUCCCAUGUGUGGGCUAGGAACGAUACUGCUGGAAGCUGCCAAAGAGUGGCCAGAAGCCUGUUACUGGGGUGCUGAUAUGAGUGAUUCACAGUUAGAGGGUGCAGAUGUGAAUAUUAGGACUGCAGGCUUGAUGGAUAAAAUUGAGUUACUUAAAGCUUCUCUGAAAGCAUUGCCAUUGCCUUCAGAAAGCUUUGACACUGUGAUUUCGGAUAUUCCAUUUGGGAAGAAGUUCAAGAUCACAAAAGACAUACAGCUUCUACCAGAUACUCUCCAGGAAAUGGAGAGAGUACUUCAUGUUGGAGGCACUAUUGUAUUGCUGCUGAGCCAAGAUCUCCAUAAGCGCAUGGGUGGCAUUACCAAAUGUGCUGAAAAUUAGUUUCGUAAUGCCAUUUCUGAUGGUGCAAGUGAAACUACCACUGCAAAAGCCCUAAAUAUUGAUGGGAAUUCUUCCUGCUUGGUGAAUGGUGCUGAAGAAUCCUUUCUCAGCAGCAGACACAUACAUUUUGGGUCUCUGAUGCCAGAUGGCGUCUAUGGAGUUAGUCUUGGAAAGACAGGUACUUUCAUAUACAAAUACAGGAAGAUCUCUACUGCUGGGAAUCAGCAGGUUUCUUGCACAGUGCCGAAGUGA